ACCCAUCCAAUUGCAAAGUAGUUGUUGGAUCCCAUCCACUUUACAUUUUCUUCAUUAAUAUAUGUAAGAAACAAGAAACUAAAACAUGCACGCACGUUUUCUAGGACUACGUGGUACAAGAUACAUUUGUCAGCCUACCUAAAGAACCUUUUGGGAUAUAUCGGGCAUUAAAUAAAAGUUAUAAUAUUGUUUUGACUUGGGAAAAAAUAAUUAUUGUAACAUGUUAGUGAAGGUCACGAAGGCCUACAUUAAUCAUCCUAUAUAAACAUGUUAUUUACAAGUCAAUUUUAGAAAUUCAAUUUGAACAUACGAAGCUAAUUAAUUAGAGAGCUAAAUAUGGCUUCUUCUUCUUUGCUUCAUUCUUUGUGCCUUGUUAGCUUCGUCUUGGUGACGGUGGUCGUCGGAACGGCGUCUGCGGCGGCGUAUGCUCCGCCGGGAUUUAGAGCUAGUGCGUGGGAACUUGCCCAUGCCACGUUUUACGGCGAUAGCGGCGGUUCUGCCAAUAUGGGUGCGGCAUGUGGGUACGGCAACAUGAUAAGCAACGGUUACGGGACGAACACGGCGGCGUUGAGUUCAGUGAAGUUCAGCAACGGGUACGGAUGCGGGCAGUGCUUCCAGCUCCAAUGCACAAAUUCGCCGUUGUGCAACAGAGGUGCUAUGGUCACGGUCACAGGCACUAAUCUAUGCCCACCAAAUUGGGCACAGGACUCCAACAACGGCGGGUGGUGCAACCCGCCCCGUACCCAUUUCGACAUGGCCCAGCCCGCUUUCACCAAGAUUGCCCAGUAUAAAGCUGGUAUUGUACCCGUCUUGUUCCGCAGAGUAGCAUGCGUGAGAAGCGGGGGGAUCAGAUUCCAGUUCCAGGGGAACGGGUACUGGCUGCUCGUAUACGUAAUGAACGUCGGAGGAAGCGGUGACGUGGCGAGCAUGUGGGUGAAGGGGACGAAGACAAACUGGAUAAGCAUGAGCCAUAACUGGGGAGCUUCUUACCAGGCAUUCGCAACACUAGGUGGACAAGCUCUCUCUUUCAAGAUUACUUCUUACACUUCUCAUGAAACUAUUAUUGCUUACAAUGUUGCCCCUGCCAACUGGCAAGUCGGAAUGACUUACGGCGCUUCCGUCAAUUUCCGCUGAUUAAUUCAUUCAUUAUUAUUAUUUGAAAUAAUAAUUAUGAGUUAUUUGUGAGUUUAAUUUGUACACGAUAUAUUUAUUAUAUAUCCACCUCAA